ACGCGACGCGAUUAAAAUGCGAGUGGACGAGACGCUCAUGCGUUAAAAUAUGUUUAUGAAAUGUGCAAUGUAUUUUACUGUUUGAUCAAAUAUGCUUUAACGUAAUUCCUCUCAGAUAAUGGCAGAGAAACUCCUUAAUGAACUGGUGCACGAGGCGGCGUUCGCGCGCGGUGAUAAAAUAGCUGUCACGUUUGACAGCAGCAUUGCAGCGCGCGUCUCUUUAACUUAUGAUGAGGUUAUUUCUCUUGCAAAUGAAUUAACUGAACGCUUGCGCGUCUUUGUCCAGAAAAAUGAAGGUGCUGUGGGGUUAUUCUGCCGUACAGAUGUCUUCCUUCCUGUCUGGAUUAUGGGUGUUCUACAGUUUCCUGCUGCAUAUGUACCUCUGGAUCCUACGUCACCACCUCUGUGCAUCUUGAGAAUGAUGAACAAUUGCAGUUUGAACUACUGCUUGGUACAGACUGAUCUGCUUCCCCAAUUCCAGAGUGCAUUUUCCAACCUAUUGUCACUGACGGUAUGUGCAAACUUGUCCUCACACAAGCUCACUUUGAUGACGUUACAAAUAGAGCAGGAUGCCACCAUUCAACAGACUGAGACGGAACAACAUCUCUCCGUCUCUGCUGGGAUCAAAGACACCCACCAGAGGGAGCAGUUGGCUUAUAUUUUGCACACAUCUGGAACUACGGGUCUUCCAAAAAUUGUGAAAGUCCCGCACAAAUGCAUCGUGCCUAAUAUAACGCAUCUAAGAUCUGUAUUUAAGAUGACUGCAGAAGAUGUUGUAUUCCUUUCUUCUCCGUUAACCUUUGACCCCUCUGUGGUAGAGAUGUUUUUGGCCCUGUCCUCUGGAGCAUCUCUUCUAAUCGUCCCCUCGGCUGUUAAAAAGAUGCCGCGCAGACUUGCACAUGUGCUGUUUAAACGCAACACAACAACAGUCUUACAGGCUACUCCCACUCUCGUUAGGCGAUUUGGAAGGCAUGUCCUGCAGGAGGAGGUGCUCAGCGCAGAUUCAUCCCUGAGGUUGUUGGCUUUUGGAGGAGAGCCUUGUCCAUCUCUCACUCUUUUAAAGAGCUGGAAGCAGAAAGGCAACAGCACACAGAUCUUUAAUCUUUAUGGCACUACAGAAGUGUCUUGCUGGGCAAGCUGGUACAAAGUCCCAGACAAACUCCUGUGCAUGGAUGACAUUGAUGAUGUGUCUGUGCCCCUUGGGGAGCCGCUGCUGGACACCAUAAUUGAAGUGAGAGAUGAGAAAGGAUGUUUCGUCACUGAUGGAGAAGGACAAGUGUUCAUUGGUGGUCAAGAGAGAGUGUGUCUGCUAGAUGAUGAGAAAGCUAUAGUCAGGGGAGCAAUGCGUUCUACCGGUGACUGGGUGCAGGUGCGCAAUUCCCAUAUGUAUUUCCUAGGCAGGAAGGAUCGGCUUGUCAAACGCUUUGGUCAACGGGUACAUCUAGAUGCCCUGCAACAGACCAUUGAGAAUUUACCCCAGGUAGAGGCAUGUGCCGUGAGCUUGAGUGAGGGUAGCAGGCUGAUGGCAUUUAUAGUGCUUGCAUCAGGUCAGCUAAGAGCCCCUUCAUCUUCCUCCUCUGAAGACCUUGCUGCUGCAGAUGUCACAAGAAACUGCACCGACCCAGCCAGCAGAGUAAUUGAAGGGGCGAUUCGAGAAAGGUUAUCGCAGCUAUUGGACAGUCACAGCAUUCCAAACACAAUAUUCUUCAUUCCGGCACUUCCACUCACAUCUCAUGGUAAAGUAGCAAUGGACGAGUUGAUGAGGAUGUGUGUGACACAAAGUCAAGACGCAAACAGAGAAAUUGAACAGGAAAACAUUGAAACCGUUAGACUGAAAUUACAAACCCUAUGGAAGGAGUGUCUUAACCUGGCUGAUGAUGUCGUGAUUGAGGAAGAUGCACACUUCUUGUUAAGUGGAGGAGAUUCCCUUCAGGCCCUACGCCUCUAUGAUGAGAUCACUGUUGCCAUGGGGACAACCCCUGUGGACCUGCUGGAGGUCAUAUUGGACGGCUCUUUCUUAGAUGUGCUUAGCCAAAUAGUGACAGAAAAGGAUUUUAACGUAAUCCAGCCAUCAAAGAAGAGAAUACACGAGGAUUCCAACUCUGUUGUUUCAUCUAAAAGACACCACAAGGAUAUGACUACAGUGGGUGUCACGCAAAGCACAGCAGGUUUUAUAGCGUCCUCUUUGAAAGAGACUAUGGGAUUUAUAGUUGUGAGGAGAGCUGGUGAGGUUAUUGAUUGGAGUUGUUUUCAGGGAAUGCAAGAGGACUGCUUCUCGGACACAAACAAGAGUAAAGUCAUAGUUCAGAAUAGUCCAGAAGACAAAAAUUCGGAUUUAAUACUCAAGGCAUCGCAUGAACUUUGUGAGAGACCUCAAAAUAACCCUCAAGAAGUUGUCAGCGAUCAAGUUAGCGAACCUGAGAGAAGUGAAUGUUCUCAGGGAAGUUCUGAGAAAGUUCUUCCACUUGGCCUCAGGGUCGUCUGGAGCUCAGAUACGGGCAGAUGUGUGGACGCGUCUCCGGUGCUGCUGGUGGCUCCUGAGAGAACCACAGUGCUCAUUGGGUCUCAUUCACACAGACUGCAGGCUCUCAAUCUGAGAAGUGGUGAGGUCAUCUGGGAACGUAUACUUGGAGAUCGGCUGGAGUCCUCGGCUGCUAUUACAAAAUGUGGGACUCUUGUGGUAGUAGGCUGCUAUGACAAAAAGGUUUAUUUCCUGGAUGUUGCCUGUGGAGACAUUGUCUGGACAUUUGAGACAGGAGAUGUGGUGAAAAGUUCUCUUGCCGUAGACCCUAAAACCGGGCUGGUCUUUGCAGGAUCCCAUGAUGGAUAUAUUUAUGCAUUAAACCCACUGGGCAAGUCUUGUACAUGGCAGCAUUUUUGUGGUGGCGGUGCGGUGUUUUCAUCCCCAUGUGUACACCUUUUACCAAGACAGUUAUACUGUUGUACUUUAGGAGGGGAUCUCCUCUGUCUUAAUCCAGACAGUGGAACAGUCUUGUGGACGUAUUCCAGUGGCGUCCCUUUUUUCUCAUCUCCAAACUGCUCUGAUUCUUGUGUUUUUAUUGGUGCAGUGAAUGGACAUAUAGUUGGAAUAAGCCAUUCUGGAGAUCAGUUAUGGGACUUCUCCACUGAAGGACCGGUCUUCUCAUCGCCAUGCGUUUCUUCAUUGACAUCUCUGACAAAUUCUCAGGGUUCUAAAACUCCUGGGAGCACUUCGACAUCAUCAUCACCCAAUUAUGUGGUCACAUGCGGGUCACAUGAUGGUCACAUAUACUGUUUAAAUGCUCAUAACGGAUCUUUACUAUGGAACUUUCAGACCACAGGCAAAGUGUUUUCUAUUCCAUUUAUGUUUGACGGCAGUCCGUGGGGUUUUGGAACACUGGUAGCUGUGUGUUCUACAGACGGGACAGUGUGGAUUUUAGAUGGAGAAACAGGAACAUUGAAGGCAGCUUUUUCUUUGCCUGGAGAACUUUUCUCCUCUCCUGUUGUAUGGGGCCAAACCUUAGUGGUGGGAUGUCGUAAUGAUUACGUUUACUGUCUAGAACUUAGCAGACGGUAAUUAAUCACAAUUUUAAAACCAGGUGUAAAUAGAUAAAUAUAUAUUUUAUGCUUUCAGUUAAAGGGAUAGUUCGCCCAAAAAUGAAAAUUCUGUCAUCGUUUACUCACCCUCUUGUCAUUUGAAACCUGUAUGACUUUCUUCUGCAGAAUACAAGAAAAAUAUAUUUUUAAGAAUGUCGGUAACCAAACAGUGGUGGUACCGAUUGACUGGCAUUGGCUUUGCAUUGUUUUCUGUUGUAGUGCAUACGUUAGAAGUGAAUGGGUACCGCCAUUGUUCGGUUACCAUAUUCUUAAAAACAUCUUAAUUUUGUGUUCUGCAGAAGAAAGUAAGUCAUACAGGUUUGAAAUGACAAGAAGGUGAGUAAAUGAUGACAUCAUUUUUGGUGAACU